AUGGCGGCUGCAACGACAGAAAAGAAAAAGCCAAGUGCUAUGCGCUCCAUUCUCGCAGGUGCAACUGCGGGAGCCGUAGAGAUUUCUAUCACAUACCCUGCCGAAUUCGCGAAAACACGAUCCCAACUCAACCGAAGAUUAGCAGACGGCAAGAAGCUGCCAUGGCCGCCGUUUGGAAAACAGUGGUAUGCUGGCUGCACAACGUUGAUUAUUGGCAAUUCGUUGAAGGCGGGCAUAAGAUUUGUUGCCUUUGACAUGUAUAAGGACAUGUUGUCAGAUGCCGAAGGAAAGAUUUCUGGGCCAGCGACUGUAAUCGCAGGUUUCGGUGCAGGAGCAACAGAGUCUUUACUUGCUGUCACUCCCUUCGAGAGUAUCAAAACACAGCUGAUCGACGACCGCAAAGCAGCAAACCCUCGCAUGCGCGGCUUCCUCCACGGCACUCGAAUCAUUGCCCAAGAAAAGGGUGUUCGCGGCUUUUUCCAAGGAUUCCUUCCUACAACAGCCCGACAAGCCGCCAACUCGGCGGUCCGUUUCUCGAGUUAUACUUCGCUCAAGCAGCUAGCGCAAUCCUACGUUGCUCCCGGUGAAAAGCUUGGGGCUGUCAGCACAUUUGGUCUUGGAGGCCUUGCUGGUAUCAUCACUGUCUACACUACCAUGCCCAUCGAUACUGUCAAGACGCGAAUGCAAUCGAUAGAAGCACGCAGCGCGUACAAGAACAGCUUCGACUGUGUAGCCAAGAUCUUCAAGAAUGAGGGUAUCCUGACCUUCUGGUCUGGCGCUCUCCCCAGGCUGGGACGACUCAUUCUCAGCGGUGGUAUUGUCUUCACUAUGUACGAGAAGUCCAUGGAGAUGAUGGACAAACUUGACCCUCAAGGGCGGUACAUUUAG